GUAGUGGACAAAGAUCUUACCAAGAGGAGCCACAGAAAAAGCGACUUAAACUUGGACGCAAGUUCCCACGGUUGAAACGUGUUUUGUCAAGAGCGCAGGAGAGACAGUGCGCAGGUUUUCCGUAAGGCUUGUGCUUUAUCAGUAGUUACCUCUCCUUCCUGAACUCUCUGCAGGUCACCCUCUUCUAGCUCAGAUGAGGAUGGAUGGGUGUCAGGUGACUGCAUGGACUGCAGAGACAGCAACACACUCACGAGCAGCCAGAAGGCCAGCCUUGUCAUCGUCGACUUGGGGGUACACAGUGUGAUUUCAAAAUACAGCAGCAUCCCUUCUUCCCUGUCUAAGACAGAAUGUGUUCUUCUUUCCUCCUAGUCACUGACAUUAGGCACCUCCUCUAUUGAGAGUAAUGUAGAGGAAGCACCGGUCCCCUUUCGUGGUGACAGAAAACACCACAGCUAACGAGGGACCUUUCAGCUUCCUGAAAAGGUUUCCACUGCAUGACCCAGCCAGGCUGCAGCAGUGGCUGAAAAACAUGGGUCGAGAGGGUUGGACGCCUUCACGUCACCAGCACAUCUGCCACGAGCACUUCACACCCUCCUGCUUCACCAUGCGAUGGGGGAUCCGCUACCUCGCCAGCGGCGCCGUGCCGACCAUCUUCCAGCUCUCUGAAAAUGCAGAGAAACGUAAAAGCACCAGUAACGCUGACAGGAAAGCAAAGAGGAUACGGCCUUCCAGCAGGAAAGCUGUGUUGACCGUGCCAUUGGAGAAGAUAUCCAACUGCGAUAGUGUGCACCAAGAUGCCAGUGUUGGCUCCGUGCAGCUAUACACCAUUACGGUGGAGCCUUCUCUGCUGCUGGAAUCGAGCACCAUGGAACAGUCCAUGGGAUCUGCCCCCACUGCCUUAGCUCUACCAGCAGUUGAUGGACAGGAUAGCCUGGGAGAUGAUUUUCCAAUGACGCUGUUUCAAGCUGUGGAGGAUUUCAGCGUGUCAGGUGGAGGGGAGCGUGCCGAGGUCAUGGUAGUGUCCAAGGGUGCAUCGACGGACAGUGAAGAUACAGUGGAGGGCUUAGCAACUGCUCUCCUGGCAGAAGGCCAGGAGGUGGUCAUACAUGAUGCUGUGGGCCAGGGAGCAGUGGGCCCCUCCUCACUGGUUAUUGAGAACAUGGCCCUGGAGACAGUGGAGCCACCUGCAGGCCAGGAUGACCGCGGUAUCCAGAUCAUUGCUUACUUCGAGACGAUUCCCAGCGUCCUUCCAGCCGGCGCCACCCAUUGUGGCCUAACACCCGACACAGUGCUGUCCUCUGCCCUCAGCCCUCAGCCCAUAGUCUCCACUCUUCCCAUUGUGUCCAAGCACAUGCCCCCCUUGUCAGGGUCCUUUGUUCUUGCUUCAGAGAGGCCUGAGAGUUCAGAGACAGAGGUGGAGGGGCAAAGGGAGGGAAAGGAAGAGGAUGGUAUAGAGCACCAGAGGAAACAACUGGAUGAGCACCGCUACCACAAGAACAGCCUGAGUAAGGAGCAGCUGGAAGUCAUUGUGACAGAGCUGCAGAAGAAGGUGAAGGUGCUGCAGCAGAGGCACCGGAGGCACCUGGACAAGCUGCUGGGGCUGGAGAGCACAGUGAGCCAGCUGAGGCACAGCAAGCUGCUGAGUGAGGAGCGGCUGAGCCUGCUGGAGAGGGCCUACGUUCAGACGAGUGCCGUCGUGUCAGAUGCUGGGGAAACAGUGGCCAUCAUUUGUGAAGAUGAGAAGAUGGCGUACCUCUACUCUCUGCCGGAGUACGGAACCGGGGAGGGACUCGAACAGGACAUGGAGGGUCCCGCUGCACUGUCAGAGAGCUGACAUCCAUUCUGAGCCGUCCUUACCAAAAAGGAAGGGGGAAAUGUGGAAGCACUUAGUUUCUGUCUUCUGUGUGGUAGAGAGGACCAAGAGUUCUUCCUAAAACACUAAGCAGACCUGCACUGUGGCACUGGUGCAAUGAGAAUGGAAUUAUCCCCUAGGGGAAUCAUACUUUCCCCAGGGUUACACUGGUGUCUUGUUGUUUGUGAAUUUUCCUGGACUGGUGAACCCCCCCCUGUGAUUUAUAUAUCUUUGCGACUGGAACAGCUUGAAGUUCAUCCUUUUCUCCCUUCCUGAACUGACUUAAUUUUUCUGUGAAACACCCGCUACUACUUAAAUCCUGAGGUGCUGACCAGUGAUUAAUGGGGAUGAAGUUAAUUUAGUGAACCGUGCAGGGAAUGAGGUGUGUGAUUCUUGAUUUAUAUACACUGCGGAAUGAAUGCCUUUUGAAAACAUGGAGCUGGAGAAGUAAAGUGUCUUUGUACUUUGCCAAA